UCCCUGCGAACUGGGGUAGGGGGUGGGUUUGGGAACACGCCGGUUGUGUGUACGGUGCCGGGCUCCGUGGAGGGCUAUGACGGUCCGGGGUGGUGCGACGGUGCGGGCUCUCUAUUCCUGCGAGCAUUGGGAGAUUGUCAAGCCGUCCGUCAGCGAGCUCUCUCGGGAGGUCCGCACCAACAUACUGUGCACUGUAAAAGGAUGCGGUAAAGUGCUCCCCAACCCCCCCGCGCUCAACAUGCACUUGGUCAAGUCCCAUGGAGUGCAGGAAGGAAUAUCCAAUCCCACACUACGGAAAGACUUAAAAGCAUCACAGAAGCUCUACUGUUGUCCGGUUGAGGGCUGCCCCAGGGGAAUGAAUAGACCCUUCUCACAGUUUUCUCGCGUUAAGCAGCACUUUAUGAAAAUGCAUGCAGAGAAGAAGCACAAAUGUGAUAAAUGUGGAAGCUCGUAUGGCACAGAAUGGGACUUAAAGCGGCACAUUGGCUACUGUGGGAAGACUUUUAAGUGCACCUGUGGAUGUCCUUACACCAGCAGAACUGCCCUCUUAUCGCACACUCAUAGAAUGGGCCACGAGGUCCCCAUUGAACACAGAGACCCUCCUGUAAAGAAAAGAAAACUGGAUGCAUUAAAACAGAACCAAAAAACUGUGAAUGAGGACUGUAUUGUCAGAAACUAUCAGCCCGAAGCAGUUACGACUUCUGACCAGCAGAUGGCAGAGUUGAAGGCAUUACCCGCAAGUGAAUCUUGCAUUGCUUCCUAUGUUACCAGGGACACUCAUCUACAGCCAAAUCAAGUCCAAAAACUCUUGUUACCAAAGCCUAAGUUGACCGUAGUUAAAUUACCAGUCAUGCAGCUGGCUCACCUACCUGUCCUAGUUUCAGCCAGUGACUGUCCUAUGAAGCCUGUAAUGGUAGCAGUUAAUAGUCGUGGACCAGUCAUAAGUACAUUGCAAUUCAUACCUCAUUAUAAUGGAACAGUCCUACAAAAUCUGGGUACCGAGACUACGUUAUCCAGUAACCUCUCUCACACUAGUUGUCUAGGAGCUGCUAAUUCGUAUGUACAAGUUAGUAUGGAGAAACUAUCGCCCACCGACUCGCAUUUCCAUGGUGGAGCACCUAAAGGCAAAAUCACAUCUGAUGUUCAGACCGACUUAUCUUAUUUUACCCCUAGCAUUUUAUCAGGCACCUCUUGGACUACCAGCGACUCUAGCGUUUCAUCUUCUGCCCAAACAGACUUGUCCUUUACUGCCCAAAUGUCUUUGCCCAUCAGUGUGGAGACUCAAACACUGCAGGACUGCUCUUCAUUGCCACCAAAAUCUUCGUCGGAGGUCUCCGUCAAUCCUUGUCUCAGUUGUGGGAUUUCUCGGGAGACCCAGACGAGCAGUGCUUCUCUGCCGAGGGAGAACCCUCUGUUAGUGGACCAGGCCGUCAAUUGUGAUAAUCUCUUCAGUAACACUAAUUCCUUUUAUACUGUGUCUACGCAGACAAGUCAACCAGGCAUUACUUACAUCCCAGGAACCUUGGGGCAAAAUCUACUCAAUACAGACACUAUGAAGGACAUGAGGGUAGAGGAAAUGAAAGCUCCCUCCUUCAUUAAUUUCAGCACACAAAACGGGACCUUUCCAUCUCAAAACAUGACCGAUAACCAAACGCAAACUAUGGAGUUGUUGAGCGACCUCGAAAAAAUGCUUUCUGACAAUAUGUCCAGCCAGCCUUUGGAUAAUCGCAAUCUCCUCUCAGCUGGAGAAUCCCAUUUAUCGUCUAACUGUAACACCAACACUGGCAUCGAUUUCGACAUAGACGAGUUCUUUUCCGCAUCCAAUAUCCAGACCCAAACCGAAGAGAGCAUGCUGAGCAAUCUGAAUUCCGAAUAUUUGGAUAUUGAAACGCAAACGGACUUUUUAUUCUCCAAUGACUCGACCCAAUCGUUUUCCAACAAAGGCAGCUCCAAUCUCCUGGUGAUGGAGAUGUUUGAUACUCAAACCCAGACGGACUUGAAUCUCUUUCUGGACCGCAAUUCUCCCUUGCGUCUGGGCAGCCUCUUGAAACAGUCUAGCUUUUCGAUAAGCACAGACUCUUCUGAUGCGGAAAGCCACACAGAUGGAGCGUCGACCAGUAAAAAUGCGCUGUGCGCUGCUCUGGAGGGUCAUGUACAGCAGAACAGCGCCCAGACACAAACCACUGACAGCUGCUUUGAGACUCUUGGAAGUUUAUUUCUUACAAGCAACGAAACCCAGACUGCUAUGGAUGACUUUCUCCUGGCGGAUCUGGCAUGGAAUACAAUGGAGUCUCAGUUCAGCUCAGUGGAAACCCAGACUUGCGAGGAGCGCUUCGAUUUGUUUUCUGACAAAUCCGAGAACUGACGGCGCACGCCUUCAAACGCAACCAUGCCGAUAGCAGUGAAUGAGCUUCAAAACAACCCCCUUGCUUUCUAUUUAUUGGUUCGUCCCUGCAUGACUUAAUGUAUGCUGCAAAAACAAACCUCACGAUUUUCUUUCCUUCACAGUCUUUAUAGAACGUCUCGGCAAGUCCUAAGCAUGGCGUAGUUUAAAUGAGGUUUUAUUUAAAGUGAUUUUGAAUUGCAUGACAUUUUACACCAAUUGUAGACGUUUGGUCUAUUUUGUAUAUUGGCGCAAACACAUAGAAAAGCACUUUAUUUAUUCGGUUUUCAUUGUAAAUUAUUUAUACUGUGAAGAUAAAGAACAUCUGGCU